AUGAAGUAUAUAAUCGAGCAUAUGGAACAGGGAUUCACCGAAUGGGUGAUUCUAGAGUACUGUCAGAUUAUUCGUGAUAUAGGCAAGGACAAUCUCAUUUUGACGUCACUUCCAAACGGCACCACAGACCAAGAUAUUCCACAACCUUUGAGAGAGUUAGGACUUGUAUGGACCACUAAAGAGGUCAACGAGUAUGUUGAUGUUUCUGAUUCCAAGUUAUGUCUUCUGGACCCACGUGCAGAGAUUGACUUGCAACCCACUGACAAAGAGAGCUUUGAUUAUUUUAUUUUUGGGGGCAUCCUCGGUGAUCACCCGCCUCGAGACAGAACUUCCGAGCUGAAGAAGAAGCUGAAAUGCGAGACGAGACGCCUAGGCAAUUUACAAAUGACCACCGACACUGCUGUGCGCACCACAAAGAUGAUUCUGGAGGGUACUCCAUUUGAAAGCAUCCAAUUUAUUGAUUAUCCAGAAAUUCGCUUUAGCAAGCAUGAGGCGACUGAGAUGCCAUUUAGGUAUGUGCUGAAUGAAAAUAAAGAGCCAAUUCUGCCGGCAGGAAUGCUGGAUUUGAUCAAGAAAGAUUCAGACAAAACGUUAGACGAUUUCUUUUGA